AUGGGUGAUACGAAUGGACAAGUAGUGGCUGGUGAUCAUGACGCAGGAAAUCGAUUGGAUCAAUUGAAUGGUCCAACCGAUGUGUUGAUUGACAAAGAGACGGAUAGUCUCAUUAUUUGUGACCGGAUGAAUGAACGAGUCGUACGAUGGUCUCGUCGUAGUGGUACAACACAAGGAGAAACCCUCAUCGACAACAUCUCGUGUUGGGGAUUGGCCAUGGAUGAUCAGAGAUAUCUCUACAUCUCUGAUACCAAUGAAGAUGAAGUAAGACGAUAUCAAAUAGGAGACAAGAAUGGAACUAUUGUGGCUGGUGGCAAUGGCAAAGGUGCUGAUCUCAAUCAACUCAACUGUCCGUACUACAUCUUUGUCGAUCAACAACAGACUGUCUACGUGUCAGACAACGAGAAUCAUCGUGUAAUGAAAUGGAAUAAAGGUGCAAAAGAAGGAAUUGUCGUCGCUGGAGGUCAAGGCCAAGGGAAUGCUCUGACACAAUUGUCGGAUCCUGGUGGACUGUUCAUCGAUACGUCGGGUACCAUCUAUGUGGCAGACAUGUCGAAUAAUCGAGUGAUGCGUUGGGCUAAAGGAGCGAAACAGGGCACUGUCAUUGUGGGUGGGAAUGGUCAAGGAGAAGGAGCAAAUCAGUUCCACAAUCCCUGGGGUGGAUUUAUUACAACAGAAAAGAAUGAAACAAGAUAUAUUCUUCUUGUGAAUAAAAAUUUAUUUAUAUCGACAUAUCUAUUCUAUACACAUCAAGAUCAACAAUUUGUUAUUCAUGUACAAGUAUGUAUUAAUCAAUAA